AUGGAGUCCGUGGCCCUCUACACCUUCCAGGCGACGGAGAAGGACGAGCUGCCCUUCCAGAAAGGGGACACCCUGAAGAUCCUCAACAUGGAAGAUGACCAGAACUGGUACAAGGCUGAGCUGUUUGGCCGUGAGGGCUUUGUCCCCAAAAACUACAUCAAGGUCAAGCCACACCCGUGGUACGCGGGCAGGAUCUCCCGGCAGCUGGCAGAGGAGCGGCUGCUCCAGCGCAAUCACCUGGGAGCUUUCCUGAUCCGCGACAGCGAGAGCGCCCCGGGCGAGUUCUCCCUCUCCGUCAGCUAUGGGAAGGACGUCCAGCACUUCAAGGUGCUCAGGGAGAGGAACGGCAAAUAUUUCCUCUGGGAGGAAAAGUUCAACUCCCUCAACGAGCUGGUGGAUUUCUACAGGAUGACCACGAUUGCCAAAGAGCAGCAGAUUUUCCUGUGGGACGAGGACCAGACCCAGCAGGUGAAGAGACCCCGAUUUGUGCAAGCCCAGUUCAACUUCUCAGCCCGGGAGGGCUCCCAGCUGCCCUUCCUCCGCGGGGACAUCAUUGAGGUCCUGGACUGCCCUGACCCCCACUGGUGGCAGGGGAAGAUCUACGGCCGUGUUGGGCUCUUCCCCCGGAGCUACGUCCACCCCAUCCACCAGUGACCUUCAGGUGACCAUCCACGAGUGACCUUCAGGUGACCUUCAAGUGACCAUUAACAAGUGACCUUCUUCAGGUGACCAUCCA